AAAAAGACACAUAGUAAUUGGUGUCGUCGCAUGAACAUUCAUCCUUUACCCGACAAACACAAUAAAAAAUCUGACUUUUUUGUUUAAACUCUUUUAUAAAAAAGAAUAAAAAAGUUUCGUUGAAUCCCUCAAAACUUUUUGGUUCCUUACAAUCGUCAUUUGUAACUUUCCCAGAUCCUCUCCCUUUUAUUGCAUCUCUGUUCUUUUAGCUCAGGGUUUGUCUGUCGUGCAAAAAGCAAACCCUAAAUCAAAUCUGGGUUUCGUCUAUCUGAUUCGUCAGAUCUAAAGUCUCAAGGCCCACCAUCGUCUUCUUUUUUUGAACUCUCUGCUCUGCUUUGCUCUGCCUUUGGUUUUCUUUUUUUCCAUUUCGAGAUUGGGAUUUUAGCUUUUGACCUAAUUUUGUUGUCGGAGACGACUUUAUGUAGCUCUAGUUUAAAUUCGUUAUCAAGAUUCUUGCUUUAAUGUCCGAACAGAGAUAUCUACAUUUUAUUUUCUCUUACUUUGGUUACUGUGUUGAUUAUUCUAUAUGAGAUGAACACUCUAGUGUUAAUCGAAAUUGAAAAGUUUGCAUCUUUUCAUCUGCAGCUGCUUGGUUGGCUUUGAGGUUUCACUUCAAAGAGUUUGCAUCUGCUAAUGUAGACAAGUUUUCGUGGAGAUAUGAGAUUUCCAACAAAUAGUCCCCUACUGGUUCAGGAUAUCAUUGUCCUGAAAACAAACAUCCAAAGUUUUAGAAGGUGAUGUGAGUUCUCCAUAUGUUACGCCGUCUUGGAUGGUUAAUUGGACUGAGCCAAAGAAGUAGGCAAACAAAGUCGAUUGAUGCUGAGCCUUACGUAGCCAGGGUUAAGCCAGUGCUAAUGAUCGACACUGUUCAGGAGAUUGCUAUCUAUAUCCAUAGGUUUCAUAACCUUGAUCUUUUCCAGCAAGGAUGGUAUCAAAUAAAAAUCAGCAUGAGAUGGGAGGAUGGUGACAACAACUCCUGUGGAAUUCCUUCACGAGUUGUUCAGUAUGAAGCGCUUGAUUCAACCUCAAACGACUCAUAUGGAGUGUGGAAGAUAGAUGAUAAGGAUAGUAGUUUCUUAACACAGCCCUUCCGCAUUAAAUAUGCAAGGCAGGAUGUUCGUCUCUGCAUGAUGGUCUCAUUUACUAUGCCUCUGGAAAGAUAUGAGGGGUCAGCUACAUCGGCUGUUAUAUUGAAGUUUGAGCUUUUGUAUUCUCCAAUCAUGGAGGAUAUACCUGUGACACAUUCAGAUGCUUGUGCUGCGGCAGUGCAUGAAUUUCGUAUUCCUCCUAAAGCUCUUUCAGGCGUGCAUUCUUACUGUCCAGUGCACUUUGAUACCUUUCACGCGGUUCUUAUCGAUGUAAGUGUCCACGUCAGCGUCAUGAAAUCCGCUGCUUACAAACGGCCUGCAAUUUUAUCAAGUGAUGCGAGUAAUGGUAAAAAUUUGACCAGUGGCAAUAUUCAGUCUUCCAAAAAAGCCUUUACUCAAAUCGCUUCUGCUGACAAGAAGCUGGUGUCAUUUGUAAAAGCCUUACUCGGAGCUCGUGACACUUUGCUUGAAGAAAUGCAAAGGCUUAGCAAAGCAGUUGGUCAAACAGUUGACUUGUCUGAGUUUGUAUCCAGUAUGGACAAUGCUCUUUUAUCUGACUCAGGUUCAACGGGAAAAUCUGUUGAAGUUGAAGGUUCAGGACAAGGCAAGCUACAAAACAAUCUUGAGAAGUUGAAUGGCCCAUUUGAUUUAGCAAGUGAUGACUGGCUUCACAACUUCUCAAAGGAGCAUCUAUCUCGCACAUUCCACUUACUGGGCACCCAGCUCCAUUAUCUAUGGAAUACCUUUCUGACAUUGCACCGGGAUAAUUACACAAAAAUCUUGGAAUAUCUUCGCGAUAUCUGGACUAAAGAUCGAAGAGCGGAAUGGUCAAUAUGGAUGGUGUACUCCAAGGUUGAAAUGCCACAUCAUUUUAUAAGUGGAAUGGAGGACAUUUCAAACCAUAGUUCACACAAAAGAGUCUCGACUGGGUUGAAGCUGAAUGAUCCUGCACAAGUUGCAUCCACCCGCGCUGAACUUCACCGUCGAAGUAUUGCACAAAUGCGGAUAAACAACCGGGCAAUACAAGACAUGCAUAUAUUUGGUGAUCCUAUGCGGGUUCCUAUAGUUAUAAUUGAACGUGUUUGGAAUGCACCAAGGCGUACGUUCAGUGAUAAUUCGUACAUGAGACAUGUUGAUAGAAUCGAUUCUAGCUUACUUAAUGGGCAUGAUGAUGAGAGUGGGACGAAAAAACAUAUUAACCCACAGCAUACUGGGCGUGAGCUGAAGAUUGUUGUUUUUGUUCAUGGUUUCCAGGGGCAUCACUUAGACCUAAGGCUUAUCCGGAAUCAGUGGCUCCUAAUUGAUCCAAAGAUAGAGUUUCUCAUGUCUGAGGCAAAUGAGGAGAGAACACAUGGCGAUUUUAGGGAAAUGGGUCAGAGGCUUGCGCAGGAAGUUGUUUCUUUUUUCAAGAGGAAAAAGGAUAAACAUGCGAGAUACGGGCGCUUGAAAAACAUCAAGCUGAGUUUUGUUGGACAUUCAAUUGGUAACGUCAUCAUCAGAGCUGCAAUAGCUGAUAGUUUGAUGGAUCCAUACAGGAAGUAUUUUCAUACAUAUAUAUCGCUUUCGGGUCCACACUUGGGUUAUCUAUACAGUUCAAAUUCCUUGUUUAAUUCUGGACUUUGGCUCCUGAAGAAGUUAAAGAGUACUCAGGUUAUUCAUCAGCUUACACUCACAGAUGAUCCUGAUCUCCAGAAUACUUUCUUUUACAAGCUCUGCAAGCAAAAGACGUUGUGCAGUUUCAAGAAUAUAAUUCUCCUGUCUUCGCCUCAGGAUGGGUAUGUUCCAUAUCACUCAGCUAGGAUUGAGUCAUGCCAACCAGCUUCUUUCGACAACUCAAAAAGAGGUGUUGCUUUCUUGGAGAUGCUUAAUAACUGUAUGGACCAAAUACGUGGGCCAUCCCCUGAAACUCCGCACCACCAGAGAGUGUUCAUGCGCUGUGAUGUCAACUUCGACACAACCUUGUAUGGUCGUAACCUGAACUCAUUCAUCGGCCGUGCUGCUCACAUCGAGUUUUUGGAGUCUGAUGUCUUUGCAAGAUUCAUAAUGUGGUCAUUCCAAGAUCUAUUCCGCUGACAAAUCUUGGUUUGUGGAGAUAUGUUUUGAGAUAGAUCAGAAAGAUACAACCAAAAAAAAAAAAAACUGUUGUAUAUUAAGUAGGACAAUUCUUUGGUUAGUUUUUGUGCACUCGCCAGCGGAAGAAGUUAUCAAGUAUACGUUACCUCAACUUGUAGGAAGUUAUUAGUUUUUUUUACUUUUGAGAUUAAUUUACUAUCUGCUAAUGACGUUUGCUCUAUCAAAUAAAAAAACAAAAAUGUAAAAUAUGUAUUCCUAUGCUUAGGAAGAUAUUAAGAAUUGCCGACUUCUUUCAGAAAAAAAAUACAAGUUUAUUGUUCGAACCAAUGCAGAGAAGCAGUAUUGUCUGCUU